UGGUCGUCUGUAUGGGCCGGAGUGCUUUUGGGGCCGGUCCGCCUUUGUCAAUCAAAAGUCAUCAUCUAUCAGGACUAUAAAUGAUUCACUGUUAGGAAAGCCGUAAAAUUUGAGAAUUGUUCUCCAAGGACACCGAUUUUGGGAUUGAACAAACAUAUGGAUUAACCUCUGAUAUUCUUCUUAGCUGCAAGCUCCAGUGAGAUUCAGAAAAUCAUCUCCAAACACAAGAAACUGGCAAAGUGAUUUGAACAGCAUAGGCUGCUAGAUCGUCCAACAAAAAAACCAACCAAAAAAAGAGAGGAAAGACAAGGUUUGAAAAUGGCUCAUGAGUCACUCUCAGAAACUCCAGAUAUCUCGCCGCCCUCAUCUACAUCACAGUUGCAGUCAGAUCCAUCUCUUUCAAGAAACGGAUCUUUUAGCCGGCUUAACGCUCAGGCACCAGAAUUUGUGCCAACUCGAGCCACCCCACGGACCGAUUUGCAGCAACCCAGGCUUGUUGUACCACCUCCUCCUCCAGCUUCUAGUAUGGUACACGUUUAUUCACCGCCCCAUUUACCGAUUCAAGGUCAUGUCGUCCCGGUACAGAAUCACCAUCAUAAUCUUGGCCAUCAGCAUCACGUUCCAGUUCACUACCGGCCUCAUCAUCACCCACAUCAGUAUUAUGUUAGUUCUGAUUCUACCGUGCAGCAGUCUCAAGUUGACCAGGAUCGUCUUCCUUCUUCCAAAAGCAAGCUGUCUGAUGAAGCCAGUCAGAAAAUAUUGAAUCAGGUGGAGUAUUAUUUCAGUGAUUUAAACUUAGCUACUACCGAUCAUUUGAUGAGGUUCAUCAGCAAAGAUCCAGAAGGUUUUGUGCCUAUAUCUGUUGUCGCAUCUUUCAAAAAGAUUAAGGCCCUCAUAACCAGUCACUCCCUACUUGCCACUGUUUUGAGGAACUCAUCAAAGCUCGUGGUUAGUGAAGAUGGAAAGAAAAUCAGACGCCAGUAUCCCCUGACCGAGUCUGAUAUAGAAGAGCUACAAUCUCGCAUUGUUGUAGCUGAAAACCUACCUGAGGAUCAUUGUCAUCAGAAUCUUAUGAAGGUUUUCUCAGUAGUUGGGAGUGUGAAGACUAUCCGUACCUGUCCACCCCAAACCUCCAAUAGUGGGGCUUCUUCUGCUUUGAGAUUGGGAAAAGUUGAUGGUUUGCCCUUAUCUAACAAGUUGCAUGCAUUUGUUGAAUAUGAAUCUAUUGAGCUGGCUGAGAGAGCAGUUGCUGAGCUGAAUGAUGAGGGAAACUGGAGGAGUGGCCUUCGGGUUCGCCUAAUGCUUAGACGCAUGGAAAAAAGUCCGAUUUCAUCUAAUGUUAUCCGAGACAACUAUAUCUAUCUGUCUAAACCAUCCCAAGGACGAGGAAAGAAGGGACUUGAUGUUGAAGUUGGCUGUGAUGAGGAUUAUACUUCUGUGCCUGAGCCACAUGCAAGUGAGAAACAAUUAGAAGAUGCUUCCUUCCCCGAUACUCAGUUGCAUGAACAUGCUGGAGAAGAGCAUGGUUAUGAAAAAGAGACUGGGCAAAGGAAAGGUCGAAGCCGGGGCCGGGGUAAGGGACGAGGCCGAGUGCAUUGUCAUCAGAAUAGUCGUGUGGGAACACCCCCUUCAAAUAAUACAAUUUUCACGGAUCAAGUAAUUGCCAAGCAACCACCAGGGCCCCGAAUGCCGGAUGGUACAAGAGGAUUUUCAAUGGGUAGGGGGAAGCCGGUAGCUGUCAAUAUAGCCUAAUUUGUUCGAUCAAUGCUGAUGCAAGUUUGUCGUUGUACUUGUAGCAAGUAUAUGUUGAUGCUGUAACAGUGUGAUUGUGACAGUACUAGUUUGGCUGGGGCAAUCUGAAACAAUCUUCUUAACGUGUUGUUUGUCUGUUAGAGACGAUGUGAACCGCCUAGAAAGUACAAAAGAAAUUUAAGGAUAGACUAAGGAGGGAGUCAGCUGUUAGGUGAAAAAAUGUGUGAAAAUGCAAACAUGAAAUAUAAAGCUCGUUUGAUUGUGUGGAAAUAAAAUAUCUUUUAAGGCAUAUGAUAAUGAUGACAGUUUUGUAAAA